CUGAGGUACGCGGCCAGGGGCUCAGUCGGCGCGGAGCUGCGGGACGGCAUGCAGAAGCGGGACGGGGCGCGGAGCGGCAGCUGGGGCUGAGCGGAGCCAUGGCGUAGGGCGCGGGGGAGCACCAUGAGCUCGGCCGAAAUCAAGAAGCCACCAGUGGCCCCAAAACCAAAAUUUGUGCUAGGACACAAAGCAACACCUCCUCCCCCUGUUGCCCCUAAGCCAGAUAUUGGGCUUUCUGGUAUUAUGCAAACAACAAGGAAAACAAAACCAGUGAUAGCGCCAAAACCAAAGGUUCUCAAGAGCUCGUCCAUUCCAGAAGUGAGGCCUCCAUCAUCUUUAAGAAAAAGCACCAAAAGCUUAGAAGAGCACAAAGGAGAUUCUUCUGAAACUCUAGAUCACCUAAACUAUAAGAAUGGAGCCCCAGGAGAAGAUACCAGGAAUACUACUUACAUCAUACCAGUGUCUUCAUGCAAUUUUGAAUGCCUUCAUAAGCUUGGGAAUGGUGAGAGUACAUGUAAAACUCAGAUAACAUUUGAACACUUUGAAAGUUUAGAGAACAUCAAACUGGGUGAACAAAAUGCAUCACCUAUGAGAAACAGGGCACAGAGUGAAAAACUGGCAAAUAGAAAUCAUGUAGUUUUAAAGGCCAGUUUCCUGGAAGAGAAACUUAAAGAUGUUUUGACACAAAGUGUAUUUCCUAAUAGCAGUUCUUUGAGGCACAGGUGUACAGAUAAACUUGAAAGGGGUAAUAACAGUGAAGUUAAAAUAGAGUUUACAGAUCUUGUACAGUCUUCUGAGUGUGAAGAAGCCACAGGUAAACAACAAAAUAACAGCAAUAAGAUAGCUGCUGCUGAGUUUCAAAUGACUGAAACCUGUACUCAUUUGACUCAAAACAACUACAAUUUCUCUUGCCCGUUGGACCAAGAAAACCUGGAGAAUGUCAAAGUAAAUAGUAAUAUCGCAGUUUCGGGUGGAGUUGGUAUGAAAACAGAUGGUGAUAAACAUGCAUCUUCCCCAAGAAUAUGUUCGACACCUAGCUUAAAAGUGCUUCCAGUUCCAAAACCAAGAAAAACGCGGGCUGCAUGUCUUGUACGUCAGGAUGGCAUAGAUGCGAUAGGAGAAGGAACAAGAGAACCAGUAUGUUCAGAGGGUAAUUCCUUUGGCCCUCCUGAACACAACUUUAAGAAAACUGCAAAAAUAAAUGUUAUUAGUCAGAGUGUUUCAUAUAAUGAUCAUCUGGAAAGUGUGCAUCAGGCUGAUAAAUCUGAGAGAGUGCAUCCAGGGAAGGAACCUACUGACACUGAAGAGUUAGCUUCACAAAAUCUUGUUCCUCAGGUUCUGCAUGAAAUUUCUAACCUGGUAGAAAACAUUGGACAUUCCUUAGACGAAGACCUUAAUUUAAUAAAUCCUGCAGAUAAAAUAACAGAUGAUGCUAGUAUGCUGGCUGCUGUGGACAAAAGGACUAAUUUUAUAAGGGCUAAUACCCUGUCCAUGAGUUUGCCUAAGCAACUCAAAUUGGCUUGCAAUCAACACUUCCCAGCCUCCAAUAGCCUUGAUAUUUCUGCACAAAAAACAGAAGAUAAAGAGAUUAAUGUAAAAGGUGAAAGUUCACCAAGGAUUGCUCCAAAAAAGCCACAAAGACACAGUUUACCCGCUGCUGGACUGCUGAAGAAAGCUGCGUCAGAGGAGCUUAUUGAGAAAAGUUCUUACGUUUCUAGUGAAGACAAAAAAUCUGGAAGUGUUCUAGAAGGAACUCGCAUAAGGCACACAUCAGCCAAAGAACAAGACCUGUCAUCUUCCUGUGAUGUACCCAAAUGUGCUUCAGAGAAACCGGUCUGGAAAUUACCUCGUCCUAUUCUGCCUUUUUCAGGCAAUCCAGAGUCAUUAAAAAUGGCCAAUAUUGCCACAAGCUACGAACUUCCAACUGCCGUGACCAAGCCCAGAGCCAAAUCUCUGUCCUCUGUGGAUAUGGAUAGAAUACAUAAGCCUUCCAAAGACCCUCAGAAGAAAAAUUCUCUGAAGAAGUUUCUCAAUAUGAAACUGUCAGUUUGCAUUAUGAAAAGUGACUUCCAUAAAUUUUUGUCCAAAGGAAGUCAGUCCCUGGAUGGUGCUAUAUCCAACCUUUCUACGGGGGAAGGGAACAGGGUUGGAAACAGCCAGAAUGUAGCAUUCACAGCAAAUGAAAGGACAACUAAAUCUGCUAAGGCACAUUCUGUAGAAAUGGGCAGCCCAGUAUCACAAAAAAAAAGACAUAGACACAGGAGUCAGCAUGAGACAUCAAGUAGUCAAAGGACAGCGUCUUUAGAUGAACAAAUAUUAUCUGUGGAGCAGUUAUCGCAAACAUGCUUGAAUUAUCCGCCAAGCAGUUGUGCACCAGAACAUGGAAAUGUGCCUCACUAUGAAGAUAUCCCAGAGUAUGAGAACCUACCUUUUGCUGCAGGUUAUGCUAAAAGUCCAUGUUUUGAAUGGCAGAACUCCAGCAAUGUAGAAUACCAUGGAACACAUGUAUAUGAGGUAGAAGAACCAUAUGAAGCUACAAACAACCAUUCAAGAUGUCACAGGCCCUCAGAAGAACAUCAUGAUCAUCCCAGUGUGGCAAUGGGAGAUCUUCAGUCAGAUGAUGAGAUCAUGAACAGCUCUGAUGAAGAUGACGACACGAACUCUGAUUCCAGCAAAGGGGAACUUGAUCCUCAAGAUAAGCAGAGUAAGGCAGCUGAAAAGAAAACAAAAGUUUACCAUAUUGCUAAAGAGAUCAUGAGCUCAGAAAAAGUGUUUGUGGAUGUGCUAAAGCUCUUGCACAUUGAUUUCCGAGACGCAGUGGCACAUGCCUCCAGGCAACUUGGAAAACCAGUAAUUGAGGACAGGAUCCUGAAUCAGAUCCUUUACUACCUACCUCAGCUGUAUGAACUCAAUCGGGAUCUAUUAAGAGAAUUGGAAGAGAGACUGUCUCACUGGAUUGCUCAUCAGAGAAUUGCUGAUAUAUUUGUGAAAAAAGGACCCUACUUGAAAAUGUAUUCAACUUAUAUCAAAGAAUUUGAUAAGAACAUUGCAUUACUAGAUGAACAAUGCAAGAGGAACCCUAGUUUUGCUGCUGCUGUUAAAGAUUUUGAGAUGAGCCCUCGCUGUGCUAGUCUAGCACUCAAGCACUAUCUCCUCAAGCCAGUUCAAAGGAUUCCUCAGUACAGGCUGCUAUUGACAGAUUAUUUAAAGAAUCUUUUAGAGGAAUCUGCAGACUAUAGGGAUACUCAAGAUGCUUUGGCUGUUGUCAUAGAAGUAGCCAACCAUGCUAAUGACAUCAUGAAACAAGGCGAUAACUUUCAAAAGCUUAUGCAGAUUCAGUACAGUUUAAAUGGACACCAUGAGAUUGUACAACCAGGAAGGGUCUUCCUGAAAGAAGGAACAUUGAUGAAGCUGUCCAGGAAGGUCAUGCAGCCACGAAUGUUUUUUCUGUUUAAUGAUGCCCUGUUGUAUACAACUCCAGUACAAUCUGGCAUGUAUAAACUCAACAAUAUGCUUUCAUUGACUGGAAUGAAGGUUAGAAAACCAACCCAUGAAGCUUACCAGAAUGAGUUGAACAUAGAAAGUGUAGAGCGAUCCUUUAUUCUGUCAGCGAGUUCUGCUACAGAAAGAGAUGAAUGGUUAGAAGCCAUUUCUAGGUCAAUUGAAGAAUAUACGAAGAAGAGAAUCACUUUUAACCCUAGCAGAAGUCUUGAAGAGACAGAUCCAGAAAAAGAGGAGGAGGAUAGUCCUCUUGGAUCAAAGGCUCCUAUCUGGAUUCCAGAUACCAGAGCCACUAUGUGCAUGAUCUGUACAAGUGAAUUCACAUUGACCUGGAGAAGGCAUCACUGCAGAGCAUGCGGAAAGAUUGUUUGUCAGGCCUGUUCAUUAAAUAAACAUGGCUUAGACUAUAUGAAAAACCAACCAGCAAGAGUAUGUGAUCAUUGCUUCAGAGAACUACAGAAACAAGAUAACCAGUGCACUCCAAAGAGUGGAUCUCCAGUGACCCAUAAAUCUCCAUCCAGUGCCUUGUCAACAGUAUUGCAUAGUAUUCCAUCUGGAAGAAAACAGAAAAAAAUUCCUGCUGCUCUCAAAGAAGUUUCAGCAAAUACAGAAGACUCCACGAUGAGUGGUUAUUUAUAUAGAUCUAAGGGCAGCAAGAAACCAUGGAAACACCUUUGGUUUGUCAUUAAGAAUAAGGUGCUAUACACGUAUGCUGCCAGUGAGGAUGUAGCUGCAUUAGAGAGUCAGCCUUUACUGGGAUUCACAGUCACUGAAGUAAAGGAUGAGAACUCAGAUUCUAAAGUCUUCCAUUUGCUGCACAAAAACACUUUAUUUUAUAUAUUCAAAGCUGAUGAUCCCCAUUCAGCUCAAAAGUGGAUAGAAGCUUUUCAAGAAGGCACUGUAUUGUAGUGACUUCAACACCAUCUCACUGUCUAAAGGAGCAAAAUGUUGAAGUAUGAUAAUAAACAGAGUAUAGCAACUCUGUUUAAAAAGAAUAUGGAAUUCUGCUAGAAUCAACCUAAACAAAAUUGUAUAUUUAUCAAAAUUAGGGAAGUUGUUGCCUUUUUUUAGGUGUAAGGUCAUAUUUUUUUAAAGAAAUGUGUGUAUUUGUUUUUUCAUACAAUGUGCUAUUUAUUAAAUUCCAAUGUUUACUUAAUGGUCAGAAUCAUUUCUGAGAUUCAUAUGAAAUUCCAAAGUGCCCUUGUGUUUAGAAUAGUGGAUAGCUUUGUCAGAGAAUUGUUAGUAAGUUUAUAACAAACCACAAAAAAAAAAAAACCAAACCAUGCAUGAACACACACACACGUACUACAUUGCUGAUACACAUUUGCAAUUUAACAAUAAAAGUUAAAAAACAAAAAACCGCCGACAUUUCAGAAGUGGUUAUAUGUAGACACUUGUUCAGUUACAGUAACUCUUUUGAGAAGAAGUCAUUUAGCUGAGAUGCUGCUCUUUAAGAGUCUCAGUCCCAUGGAAUACUGCUGUUGAUCCAUACAGCCACUUUCUACAUCAUGUAGGCCCUGAAAAUUAAGGCUGCUACUUUGUAUAAGCUUCUGUAACAGAAGCAAACAUUUCUAAUAAGGUAUUGCCUCAGUUAUUAAAGGAAGAGGAAAGGAGGAAAAAAUCAAUGUAUCUUUCUUUGUUAUGUAGCCUACAGUUCUUGAUGUACCACAGCUGUUAUCAAAUUGUGGAUGCCAAAGGUAUAUUAAUGUAUUGUCUAACAAGAAAUGGCAAGGGAAAUUCUUUCAGAUUUCAGUAGGAUUAUAAAGCACAGCCAAAUACUCAUUUUUUUGGUAUGUGGGUGAAAGAUGAAACCUCUUACCACCAAUUGUUUCAAAAGCCAUUUGAUGCCAUUGCCAGUUCCAUUUUGAAAUGAUGGGUCUGAAUAUUUUGAAAACUGAAAAUAUUAUACAUAUAACUAUUUAAACUGGAAUCAUCAUAUCAAGAAAGCACAAUAAUUUUAGUGAAAGUGACUUUAAAAAUGUGUACCAUUCAUUUUAGUGCCCUUUGUUCACACUAUUGGGUAACUUCUGCUUGACACUUUAAACUCCAGUCUUCCAGCUGUGUGUGAUGGGUGGUUUUGUUGUUGUUUGGGUGUGUUUGUUUGGUUUUUUUUAAAUUGUCAGUACACCUCAUUAGGAAACCCUUAUACUGUUUUUUUUUUUUUCCCCCCUGCAUAUAUGCUAUUUAUUUUUUUAAACUGUAUGUCUCUGUGUAUAACAUGAAUGGAACUAACACUAUGAAAAAUCAAGAAAAGCCCAGGGGAAUAGUAUUUACAUAUAAAAUAGGAAGCUUGUGUAUAGCCAUCCAGUUCAUUUUUACUGUGUGUAAACCUAAAAAGAAAAGAUCAUCUGGAUGAGUGUGGGUUUUGGUAAUGGUAUUAAGAACUGUCCUCUUGGUUGUUGAUUCAAAUCUAUGCCAAUAGGUAGCUGAUGGAUGUUACCAAUUAUGGCCUUAUUUACAAAAGGGAAUUUUAGAAAAACCUUCUCCCUUGAUUUAUCAGUUCUCCUGUAGCAGUGGGAGUCCUUGUAUAGACAUGGCUUUGUAAACUCCUGAUGUGAUUACCAGCGUGUUGAUUAAAGCUCCAGUUCAGGACAGUUUUUAAAGUUGUGACUAAUUUUAAGAAUCUGAGCGCUACCUCCCCAACCAAUUUUGAUAGGAUUGAUCACAUGCUUGAAGAUAGGCCCAUAUUUAAGCAUCUUGAUGAGUCAAGGACUUACCAUUAAAUCAGUCAAAUCCAGUUAAAAUGCUAGAAGGUUUUAUCUGUCCUAUAGCUUCUACUUGAUGAAGAUGAACUGAUGGCAGUGCUAGUGGAAAUUUUGUCUUUGCAAAGAUCCCAUAAUAUAAAACAGCUUAUAUCCAGAGGUUUUCUCUGUGAAAUGAACUGGUGGAUUCGCUCCGGUUCCCAGUAUGUGGAUAAUGUCACAAAAUAUAGGACCAGAAAUAGCAGCCAGUGGUCAUAACAGAGGAGCUAGAAACAUGGAAGCUAAUAUAAUUUCCUCCUUCUUGGUAGUACUCCUUCAAGAUUAAGACUAAGAUGUAUGCAUUGGGCAACUGUAGGGAUGUUCAUGUUGUUACAGUUCUUGUUCUGUUGAUAAAAGGUUUAGAGUAAUAAUUCAGCAAUGUACUUGAAUAUAUUCCUAACUUUUAGUGCAGAAGUAGUUUCAUUGAUUUCAGUGCAUGAAUAGUUCCACUGACUUCAGAACUGAAAACUAAAAUAAAUCCACUACAGAAAGGAAACUUAUUAAGUUUCAAUGUAUGUUUGUGUGUCACUCCCUCACUACAAAACAACCAACCAAAUGAAGUCAAUACACAGCAAGGAAUAUGGUGCAUGUAUCCUGCUUGAUAGGGUUUUACACCUGGCAGUAUCGCCUGAUCUGCUAUAUACCUCUGACUUGAUGCAGAGUAAAAGAACAUCUUCCAUGAGUUAUUGCUGAGGCAGUUGAUUGAAUCCAGAACCAGUUUCUGUAAUAUAUAUUGUAUUUUAUAAUAUAUUUUGUAAUAUAUAUUACAGAAACUGGUUCUGGAUUCACUCAACUGCCUCAGCUAUAUAAUCUCUAAAACACCCAUACAAAUAAAACAAUCUCUUUAUGAGAUUUUGACAGUAAACACUAUCAAACUUUCUCAACAUUUGUCCUUCUGUCAUGUGUGAAGAAAACUUUAAAGAUAUACAUGAUGGACAAUGGUUAGAGGCAACAAGUGUUUGGUUAAACACUCCUCUGCAGUUUUUUCAAGCUAAUAUGGUCACUUUUGUAUUCAUAUUGUAAAUGACCAGAAAAUGAAACUGAUUAGCAUAUUUUCAUUGACAAAUCAAAAUAAAGUAAUAGAAAUUACAUAACUUAAUAUAUUACCACUUUUUAAUUUUGUUUUAAUAAUUAAAACAUUUUAAUAGCAGGUUAGGAUAUUAAUUGUAAACAUAAUAAUUACAAAAUUUAGCAUGUUCCCUUCUAAAAUUAUAAUUUGAACCUGGCAAUAUCUUCUUUUGAAGUUUGAAAGGUUUUACAAUCUGUGCUAAUAUGUUGAUUUAGCGUAUCUUUGAUCCAACAUGAUCAAAGUCCUACAUUCAGGUUUUCAUUUGAUUCUCAUACCAGCCAAUCAAGCAAUAUUUGUAAACUAGCAGUUUUUAAAACAACUGGCUACCUCUGUAUUAGAAACCAUAGUUAAUGUUUAAGAUUCACUAGUAGAAUGUCUGACAAGCAUUGGCAUUAAAAAUUAGUUUGAACAUUUUUUUUUUUUCUGGGUAAGUAAAGGUAUUAGAUUGCAGAAUUCUACUGUUUUAUAACAAAACUAAGCUGAAAACUUUUUUAAAAAUUGUUACAAUACACUUACUAUAAACAAGGAUUGAUUAACUAUCAAUGAACAACACUUUAGUAAACUAGAUUAAGCAAUUUUGUGGAGUGUGUCUAUCAAAGUGUUUUAGUAAGUAAAUCUGUCAGGGUUAGAGACAGGCAUUUAGUACAUUUAUUUGCCAUAUCUGCUGUUUGUUUAUACUUAUUUUCCAAAUAUACUUUAUUUGGAGAGUCCUAGACUGUACUGUAUUGUCUAAAUGAAAGAAUAGAAUCUUUUAUUUUGUAAAUUAAAAGAGCUGAAAGUCAUUGUAAAUAGUUGUUGUGGAUAUGUAUCAUGUGUGUACAAAAUAAAUUCCCAAAAGUUAAUAGUAAACUUUUUUCUUUAUGCAUUUUUACAGUCA